UUACUCAGCUAUAUUCACAUAAACUUAAUGUCCCAAACAUAUUUGUAAGAUUUUUCCUUUCACUUCAUGUGAGAUGCAUUUUCCACAGCAGCCCUGUUGUCAGUCCGCAGGCUCAUAACUUCCAGGCAUAAAAUAUUUACCAGCACUGGGACUCAUAAACACAUCUUCAGUGGGACGCCAUGAUUUCACGCUAUAUCACAAACAUUUUAAGGCAUCAGAUGCACUGCCUGUCAUGGACUGUCAUUUUUGGCGUGUUAAUAAUAUAUCUUGGUUUCUUCGGCAGACAUACUUUGGCACUCAUAGCACAUAAAUAGGUAAAUAACGCGGAUAAAUAGGUAAAUAACGUAGCUGGGAGGAGAGAAUAAUAUGAUUUUUGUGUGUGUUUUGUUCAUAUAUUUGAAAAGAAACACCCCAAAUCCAUAUGUUUCAUCAAAUAUAAGCCCCAUGUCAAACUACAAACAAAUCACUUUGCUCACAGCGCUCCACAGAUUGUCCUAAUUAAGAGCUGUCUAAUUAAAUUACAGCCUUGAGUUAACCAAUGGCAAUACUUGUUUCAUUAGCAAAGCAGGAAGAGUGAUGGAAAGAAAAUCCUUCCUGAUUGCAGGAUGGUGUCAAUUGGCUAAUUUGCUGCCUUCGGUACCUUCAAGUCAUAGCAAAGGCGUUUUCAUAGUGUUAGAUUAGGAAAGGCGUGUGCAAAAGCUUGUGAUAUAGGUUGAGCUAAUAGUGGUUUCCUAUUGAGCUAUGCAGGUCGAGAAUUGCAUCUCGCCCGCGAGUGAUCUCUCCAAGAAAUUUAUGAAUGUGGGCAGUGGCUUUUCGAGCUCCGAUGGAUCAGAGCUUUCGUUGCAGGACCAUCCUAUUAUAUGUGCAAGUGACAACCUGGAGAGAAGUUCACCUCUGAAAAAAAACUCUAGGGAGAUGACGAAUCAGUUAGAGGCAGACAAUUUUCCCGACUCCAAGGACGCAUCAGGGGACGUCCAGAGGGGCAAACUCUCUCCUGAUCUUCACGGAGUCUCUGACAUCCGUCAUAAUUUCGAUGGAUCUGCAGGAGAAAGGUGCAUCUUUUCUCCAUCUACCCAGCCACAGUCAGUCUCAGCAGCUCCCAGUGCCAUGUUCCCUUACCCGAGCCAGCAUGGACCAGCGCAUCCGGCUUUCUCUAUUGGAAGUCCCAGCCGUUAUAUGGCUCAUCACCCGGUCAUAACUAAUGGAGCUUAUAACAGCCUUCUGACCAACACUUCUCCGCAAGGCUACCCGGCAGCGGGCUACCCUUACGCGCAACAGUAUGGACACACUUACCAAGGAGGGGCUUUUUACCAGUUCUCUACGGCGCAAGCAGGACUGGUUCCGGGGAAAGCGCAGGUGUAUUUGUGCAACAGGGCCCUGUGGCUGAAGUUUCACAGGCAUCAAACGGAGAUGAUCAUCACAAAGCAAGGACGACGAAUGUUCCCUUUUUUAAGCUUCAACAUUUCUGGCCUUGACCCAACUGCCCACUACAAUAUAUUUGUGGAUGUAAUACUUGCUGACCCAAAUCACUGGCGAUUUCAAGGAGGCAAGUGGGUGCCAUGUGGAAAAGCAGACACAAAUGUAAUAGGAAAUAGGGUUUAUAUGCAUCCGGACUCACCAAAUACCGGUGCGCACUGGAUGCGUCAAGAAAUAUCAUUUGGAAAGCUAAAGCUCACAAACAACAAAGGUGCCUCCAACAACACGGGACAGAUGGUGGUCCUCCAGUCUCUCCACAAGUACCAGCCCAGGCUCCAUGUGGUGGAAGUAAACGAGGAUGGGACAGAGGACACCAGCCAACCAGGAAGAGUCCAGACUUUCACCUUCACAGAAACGCAAUUCAUCGCCGUCACAGCUUACCAGAAUACCGAUAUUACGCAACUGAAAAUCGAUCACAACCCGUUUGCUAAAGGAUUUCGGGACAACUAUGACACUGUCUACACAGGCUGCGACAUCGACCGCCUAACUCCAUCACCGGGUGACUCUCCGCGUUCACAGAUCGUGCCGGGUGCGAGAUAUGCCAUGCCUAGCUCUUUCCUGCAGGACCAAUUUGUCAGCACUUAUGCCAAAUCUCGCUUUCACCCUGGCAUGGGGACUGGUCCUGGCACGGAGCGCAGCGUCCCACUCGGCAACAGCUUGCUAUCCCCGCAGCAAACCGAGGAGCCCACUGUUGCCACCCCCCCGCAGCGAUGGUUUGUCACCCCUGCCAACAACCGACUGGACUUUGCUGCCUCGGCAUACGACGCCGCUGAUUUCGCCGGUAACGCGGCCACCUUGCUGUCCUACGCAGCGGCCGGAGUGAAGGCUCUUCCCCUGCCGACUGCAGGCUGCUCCAACCGGCCUCUUGGCUAUUACGCAGACCCGUCAGGCUGGGGAGGACGCACGCCGCCGCAGUACUGUGGUGUAAAUAGCAAAUCCAGCUCGGUCUUUUCCUGCUGGCCCACUAACUCUAUCGGUGGCAGAGCUAGUACCAACUACCUGGCCGAGGAGGUAGACUCCAUCCCGACAGAGAGGUCACCGAUCGGCGGCACGGAGGAGACCAAACCCAAAGACAUGACAUCAGAGUCGAACUGGAUAGAGACGCCGUCCUCCAUUAAGUCCAUUGAUUCAAGCGAUUCUGGUAUCUUUGAACAGGCCAAAAGGAGAAGGAUCUCACCUUCUGCCACGCCGGUUUCAGAGACAGUGUCCCCGUUAAAAUCUGAGCUGCUGACACCGAGAGAGUGUGAGAAAAACUGCACAAAGGACAUUGGUUAUUACAGUUUCUAUCCUCACAGUUAAAAUCUAUCUAUCUAUCUAUCUAUCUAUCUAUCUAUCUAUCUAUCUGUUAACCAAUAAAAAAAAAGAUGAUAAGGACUGUCACCUCCACAGUUAAUGGCCAAAAAAUGUAAAUUCUUCCACUACUCUAUCAUGGGUCAUGGGUUGGGGCGCCUUCAUUCCACACUGUUAAGUAAAAAACAAAACAAAACAAAACAAAAAAACACUGUAAUUAUGAAUAUAAUGUACAUAAUAUCGGUGAUAGUGAUUGGAUGUACACAAAUAGAUUAAAUUCAUAAGUAGUGUUUAAAAAAAAAAAACCCUCUUCUGUUAAGUAGCCUGAACUGUGAGUAAAGAAAGAUAUUGAGAUUCUGUACAUGAAAUGUUCUUGUGUAGCAUAUACUGGCAUAAUAAUCCCUGUCAGUGAAAAAAAAUGAAUUAAUAAUAUAUGUAUUUUGUACUUUAUCAAAGCUGUAGGCUACCAAAAGUUUAUGACGUUACUGAUCACUGCUACAUCCAUGAUACCUGUGGUUAUAUACAGUUAUACAUGUUGGUAAUGUAGACUUAGAGUCUUUUUAUUUUGAUUUAUUUAUGAUUUAUUCAUUUAUUUCAGCCGCUUAUUUUUCAUAGCCUGUAUGUUCUGCUGUCGUGGAAAAUCUCUGUAUCUGCUGUAUUGUGGUUGAAACGUAAUAAAUGAUGUUAUCAUGACGAGCA